AGUUCAUAUGGAGAUCAAAUACAAACAACGAAUAAUUGUAAAUAUUAUUUAAGGACUAGCUGAUCCUAGUUAUCUACUGCAUACACAUUGUAGUAAUCUUCGCAUCGACAUCAUUUGUGAAACUGGAGAAGGCAACUGAGUCAUUAGAAACAUAAUCAAUUUUACAUUUGACAGUAAUUGUUUGGAAAAGUUACAAAAUAUUUGUUACAAACAAAAAUAAUGGAACUUUUAAUUCACUUGAAUCAAAUAUAGAAUGGGAUAAAAAUAAUAGAAAAUCACGGAAAUUUACCUUUAUUCAUUUUUAUUGCAAUUUUUCAAACAAUGUAUUUAAGAGUUUAUAUAAGACAUUUGAAGAAGAGUAUACUCUCAUAUAACAUUGUCAUUAGCUGAUUGAUGACGAUUGCUUACACGAUGGUAAUAAGAUGAAGACAUUAUGAUGGUGAUAUUAAUAUCAAUACUGGUGAUGGUUUUGAUUGGGUUGGGUGAUGGGCUUGAGAAAAGACAAGCUCCCCAAAAUCUGUUUGCACUCCAAUAUCGAGGACUCAUUGAGAAUAUGGAGCCAAAAGCUUGUUUUGAAUGUCCAUGGAUUCCAGGAAAAGAUUGUUGUCAUUUUGUUCCCCUGGGAAGUGUGGACCCCGAGAAGGAAGAAAGACAGUGUCCCCCUGGUCUAGGAUGGAACCAGGAAACAUGUAACUGUGAUUGGCCAUCCCUCAUAAAGCCAAAGGGGAUAUGCGAACCACUUUAUACAUGUAACAUUAACGUGACGACAGUCAACCCAGGAACAACGGCUGUUGCACCGACAUGUCCCCCACUCUUUGAAAAUGAGUGUUGUAUACCAGAGACUGCAACGUGGUAUUCAAAGAUAAACGACACGCACUAUAGAGUAAAUGGUAGUUACCCACAGGGCUGUCCUGAAGGGAUGAAUUUUGAUGACAUAAGUUGCUGUUGCUUAGGAUAUACAAUUGUUCCCGAUCCGUGUAAGCUUUGGUCGUUUGACAGGGAAGCAGGCAACGAAUUCACUGACUCGAUCCAACAGACAUUUGGCCAAAAUGUCCGCUCUACCAUAAGUGAUGGACAUCUUGGAACAGAUAAAGGGGUCUUCUUUCAGAACCAAGAGCGGAUCUCUAUACCAUAUUUUGCUGGGGCAUACUUUGGAAAAUGGUUCAGUUUGGGUCUUUGGGUUAAGAGCUCAUCCAAUAACUUCGGGACAGUUGUGUUAAGUAAUGGCAACAGAGAGGUCAAGGAAACAAUCGCUCUAGUUAUGGUUGGUAACAGUAUAGCAGGAGGUGUAGCAACUGCGAAGGAAGACCCUCCUAAUACAUUGGAUAUGCCACUUACGGCUAUGGGAGAUGACGGGUGGCAUUUUGUGGCAAUGACAUACGAUGACCCCAUACUCUCUGUAUACAUUGACAAUAACCCACCACUUGUAUUUGAGCAGGAAGGGGGGGGGAUACUUUCCAACUUUUGCCAGUUGAAUCUUGGUGGAGUUCAGUUUCCAAAUUUCAGCAUGGAUGAGCUUUGUAUCUGCGAGUUUACAUGGAAUGCAACGGACGUGGCAGAGUUCAGAGACAAUAAAGCUGUACCCAAACUUUAUC